AAUCUGAAGCAAUAGGGGGCAUAUGCGAGAAGUUUACCAAGGACAUUUCCUUUUAUAAAAACUUGUGCGCAUUAGGAGUGUAGGGUGAAUUUGGGAGAAGGUUAUCAAGUGAAUGACAUACACUCAGAUGGACUGCAUUUUAUGUGUAGAACAUGCUUACAUCUUGGACCUUUUUGGGAUUAAAAAGCCUGGUUGCAUUGUGCUGCUUAUUCAGAAGUGUAUACUUAGGGAAGCAGUCAAUGAUCUUGCCCUUUAAUUUUUAGCCAAGAUGAAGAUUAUGGUGAUCAAGGAUAUUGAGUGAUCAGACGUAGAGUUCAUCUGCAAGAGUAUUGGAUUCAAACCAGUUGCCAGUGUUGAUCACUUCCUACCUGAAAAAGUUGCAUAUUUGUUCAGGUAGGAAGUGAUCAACACUGGAAGUAAUCAACUUGUAGAAAAGGUCGUUGCUGGACACAGAAAUGACGUUAAGGUUCCUGAAGCAGCAACCGCUGGUAAGACCGUAGCAGUUUUAGCGAGAGGCUCUAAUAAGCUGGUAAUAGAAGUGGCAGAGAGAUCAAUCCAUGAUGCCUUGUACGACAUCCGUUUUUUUCUUCAAAAACAAAGUGCUAUGGGAGUGAUUCCUUCAACUCUGGCAGAGAAUACAGGACUUAACUCCAUCUCAGUAGUCACAGUUCUCAGGAAUCGACAUGGCCAUGGUGAAACUGCUGCUGGCAUGUUAGAAAUAUGUUACAAAUACAUAUUUGUUAUAUUUUUAUUUGAACCAUAUUUGAAGAGGGUUGCCUAA